AUGAGUCACCUCAAGAAAUACAAGGAUCAUAUAAAGGGAAAAAUAUGGUGCAAUCUUGUAGUAGUGAAAGGAAAAGAUGCUGCAGCCGUAUUGACAUCAAAAGCUCCACAGUUUGAAAAUUCUGAUGGAGCUUCAUCCACCAUUAAUGGUGAUGGGAACGUUCUUCCGGAAGAGGGAUCAUCUUCUGCACCCCUGCCACCUCCUGAAAGUCCUUGUUGGUAUCCACUGUCUUGGAGAAGUGGUUUUCCUCGAGCCUUUGAUCAGAGUGAGCUUGAAACAAUAACAAAUGGCUUUGCUGAUGAGAACAUUGUGAUGGAGGCUGAUGGCAUGAAAAUCUAUCAAGGGAUAUUGCAAGAUCUGUUUGUUUUAGUCAAGUGUUUCUCAGAAAGUGAUCAUGACCGAUUCUGGUCGCUGCUCAAGAUCCUUUCAAGCAUAGGUGGAAGCCUGCGGUACCUUCAUGAGGAGUGUGCUGAUGGACCCAUUGUUCACCUCUCGGUCUCCUCUGCCCAUGUCUACUUCAGUCAUGGUUACUCCACCAUGCUUGGCAACUUAGCAACUGCUAAGUGGCUUACAGAUGCUGUCUCCUGGAAAGAAGAUUCACCAGCUGAUCAAUGCAAAGCUCUAGAGAAAGAUGAAGGGCCUUCUGUAGAUGUAUAUGAUUAUGGGAGUUUCCUCCUGGAGCUCAUAACUGGAAAGAGUGCCCCUUGUUUCCAAGCCCAUGGCAACGGUCAGUCGUUGGUCGAUUGGGCAAUUCCACUUUUAGACAAUGGUUCAUUUACCCAACUUAUGGAUCCAAGAAUAACAGAUACAAGUGAUACAAAGGUGGUUCAUCACAUGGCCAAUGCUGCAUUCUGCUGCCUGAAAAAAAAUAAGGGUCACAGACUUUCUAUGAGUGAGGUCCUAGCUGUGGUUCGUGGUGAUGAGCUUGCCAUUUCCAAGUACGGAAUUUUUGGAACACAGUCUGUGGACAUGUAA